GUCGACUUCUCCCAUGGAACGAACGGCAGAUUAUAAACUCAAAAAAGAGAUGCUUCUGUCAGGCCCAAAAAUGGGCACUGCAUCAGAACAGAAUGAAGAAAAGGGGUUCAUUCUUGGUUGGAGUAUAGUUAUUCCAGUCAAUAUUAUACUGAAUAGUGGUAAUGAAGAAGAGGAGCAUCAUGCUAUCGACCAUGGAGCAGAGGGCAUAAAAACAGAGAAACAUGAGGGGUGGCAGCAUGAAUGGGACAGCACAGAAGCAGAGAGAAAGCCAUGCAUAGACAGGGAGGAAUCCAAAGAGGUCAGCCACUGUGUUUCUGGAGCAGUGGUGGAAGAUGGCGACGGCUGUCCGUUCAGUGCUGCGGAGGACGUGAAGCCGCUGGCUCUGUGUGUGUGUCAGGUGACGGGGGAUGAGUGGAAGCUUCUGCAGCAGCACAGGCAGGUUCACUCGAAGCCCCCGCUGAGGUGUGGUCUGUGCCCGUGUCCCGGGGGUGGGUCGCAGGCUCUGAAAUGCCACGCAGCGACACAUGUAGAGAAGGAGGCUCUCAGGUGUGAGCUCUGUGGCUCCUCCCUCUUCGCCACCGACCCGGCGGAAUUCGUGCCCGUGAAACCCGAAGACCCUGUUGUGAAGUCCAAAGCGUGUGAGACCCCUCUGUGCGUCCCCGCUAAGAGCCCCCACCACAAGAGCGGCACAGGCCGCGGGGGGGCCGAGUACACCUGCAAGGAGUGCCCAUACACCACCAACAGCUCGUACAACCUAAGCUGCCACGCCAGGACUCACAGCGGGGAGAGGCCCUUCCAGUGCCCCAGGUGCGCACGCUGCUUUCGAACCCGCAGCACCCUCAACCGGCACAGGAGGUCACGGCGUUGCCGGGACAGGGGCAAGCCCUCCCUUAUGCCCGCCCGCCUGGCACAGAGGGAGAAGCUGACCCUGUGGGAGUGCGGGGACUGCGAAUACUCCACCGUUAAUGGCUACAACUUCAAGGUGCACCAGCGGAUCCACUCCGACGAGAGGCCGUACAGGUGCAAUAGGUGCGAGAGCGCGUUCCGAACGCAGAGCCAUCUGUACCGUCACGAGAGGUGUCACCAGAGGCCCGCCAGCGCGCCAGGUUUUCUUGGCCAUUGAAACCUACAGUUUUCGGAUCUUUGUAUUUGAGCCGUGUGCUCAGAUGUUGUUUUAAGUCAAGUUCUCGACUUCUCCUGUUGUGAUGCGUUCUUUCUGGACACACAAUAAAGGCUCUUUUGUGUGGCAGAUAAGUCUCGAACCUCAUUCCCUUCUUCAUCGUUCUGUGUAUCACAGGCCAGCUUUGCCUUCCACCAGCAAGGGCAUGUGCCAUUUAUCAAUUAAUUAUUUGUGGAUGAAAAUAUAUAUGGCAAGCAUAAGCAAAGUCUGCCGUCACAGUGACACUGAUGUCAGCAGUUUGCCCCUGGAAGAUACAGUUUGCAACCUGUUUGUUUAUUUGUUUACUCCUAGAUGAAAUAAUAUGGCCAUAAAUCAUGUUGCUUCAGCUGUCGUCCGACAUAUGAUUUCAUUUGGGGCUGCACUGAGAAUUUCCAUCAUACAAUUUCUUUUCUUAUCUCAAGCAGUUACAAUAUCCUUACUUUCACACAUACAAAGCAUGCAGUUGACGCAUGCUGUAAAGAACAUAUUGUAAGUCAAAACCAAGUAAGUCCAUAGAGCACCUCCUCUUAGGUCCUUGCAGUGUCAUUUGCGGCUUGUCUAUAGCAACCAUUUUAUCUCAGCAUUUUUAGCUGCAAAAAAAAGAUAGCGUUUUCUUUUCACAUGUUGACACGGACAAUGCUUAAAAAGCUGAAGAAUUGAUCUAUGUGAGGACAGAGUGAAGGGCCAGUGGUUUGAUCAAUGCUGUCUGAUAACCUGGGAGUGCAGGUAAUUGGUUAUUUUUCUGUUUAACAUUUAAGUAAUGUGUUAUCUUUGCUGUAGUUCUUUGUGACUGUCAAACAUCACAGUGUUGUCUUUUUAAGAUGUAGCCGUCUCACAAAUUGAAUUGUUUGCCACUGACUGCCUGAAAAGGGAUGCUUUCUAUUUAAUGAUAGAUGAUUGGGUUACUCUCUCUUGAG